GAGCUCGUCGGUCGCUGCUCUCCAGCCGGCGGUGUCAGUCACUCACACCGGGGAGACUUCACUCAGAAAACCCUGCUACACUCUUACACAGGUCACAUUUUAGGUAAUAGCUGGCAGCUCCUCUGCUGUGGUUCUGAUGGUCAACCAUGGAUGAAGACAACAGCCAAGAUGAGCUGAUUAACUGCAGUACAUCUCACAGAAAAGGGAAAAGAGCUGCACUGUGGAACAUCUCAGAUGACUCAGAUGACGUAGAUGAGGAGCUCGGGGAGGAACAAUCUGAUAGUGGAGAAGAUGAUGAUGAUGAUGAGGAGGAAGAGGAGAAUGAUGAUGAUGAUGAGGAGGAGGAGGAGGAGGAGGAGGGGGAUGAUGAUGAUGAGGAGGAAGAUGCUAAGACUGAGGAUGGAGCUUUUGGGGGAACCAGUGCUGACGUUCUAGAGAUGAGUUCAGAUGAGGACGCAGAUAAGUGUCCCAUCUGCCUGAACUCUUUUAACAGCCAGCCUGUGGCGACACCAGAGAACUGCGAGCACUACUUCUGUUUCGACUGCAUUCUUGAAUGGGCCAAGAAUGUAAACUCAUGUCCGGUAGACCGUAGUGCCUUCAACAACAUAUACCUAAGAAAAUGUUAUGGAGGCAAAGUAAAGAAAAUGAUAACAGUGCAAAAGCCUGUUAAGGCAGAUCAAGAAGAAAUAAUCGAUGUGGACUUGGAUGAAACCAGCUGUGAGGUGUGUGGCGGCACUGACAGGGAGGACCGUCUCUUGCUUUGCGAUGGCUGUGAUGCAGGGUAUCACAUGGAGUGCCUUACACCUCCUCUUGACUCUGUUCCUGUUGAAGAAUGGUUUUGUCCUGAGUGUGUAGCCAACAAUCGACACUCAAGAGGUUCAGCGGAGGAGCUUAGUGAUACGGAGAGCAUCCCGUUUCCUGCUCGUCCAGCCACCAGUCGAUCCCAGCCCCGUGCUGCAGGUCCUACCAGAGCAAUAGCUCGUACCCAGCAGAGCGAGAGGGUUCGAGCUAAUGUCAACCGACAUCGCAUCUCACAGGCACGCACAUCACAGCUCGCUCCUACAUAUCUGAUUCAGUCUUCUUGGCUGGAUGAUACAAUUAAUGCUGUGGUGGCCGGGCUCAACACUGCUGUAUAUGUGAGGGACGUCACACCUCGGGCUCCAUCUACCCGGAGACGCAGGCGUGGAACGCGCAGAAAGGUGAACAGUAAGACCAGUUCUGCUAAGGGUAAAAAUGGUAGAUCGGCAACCACAGGAGUCAAGAGGAGGAGGCGGAGAGUAAGGAGAACUAAAUCCAGGAAGAAGUUGACUGGGAAAACAACUCGUACUCCAAGAAGCCGCAUUGCUAAUAAUCUGGGGAUUGUCAACAACAAGAAGAGCUCUUCUCUUCCUACUGUAUACCAGCCGGUAGAGCACACUUUGAGCAGCAUGCGUGCUGACAUCGGAGCUGCAUCCCUCUCUAUAUAUGGAGAUCCAUUUGACUUGGACCCAUUUGUGGAUCGUGAGGAAGAACCAGAGGCCCGCGCUGUCUCACUGUUGGAGGCCAAGAGGCGAGGGAUAUCUCGCUCUGCUCUUCGCUCUCAUCAGCCUGUCGCUCGGCCCGUCUCUGCAAACCUCUCAAGGAGAGGUGUGGGUAUCCCACAAACGGGAGCUGUUGUGGAGGCGGCUCCAGUGCCCGAUCUGCUGGGCAGCAUCUUGUCAGGACAGAGCAUGCUCUUGAUGGACAGUUCUGACGUCGUCAUUAAUCGGGAUGGUUCCCUUAAAGCUGCAAAGCCAAUGAUGCCAUCUACCGUGACACCAUGCAUCGGGAAAAGCAACAGCUCAGAAGAUGCCGACACCCUCAUCAACCCCGGGGUUUCCCCUCACUUAGAAGAUAUUCCUUUGUCUCACCAUUACAAUGGAAACUUACCAGGACCCUCCCAUACCUCCGUGAACAGACUCUUAAACCACAAUUCACCACAUGUACACUCCCCCAUAUCCAACCACACACAUUCGGAUUUCCCACCUAGAGUUAAUCCAAGUUUUCAGUCUGCCCACCCCAACCGACCAACUCCACCUCCUUGUCAGAGAGGAACCAACGGAAUCAGAGAACCAAGGGAGAGCCCCAUCUCAUCUGUUCAGACCGUCCAAGACUCCAACUUUAAAAGCAAGGAAAUGGGCCAGUCUCAGUCCCAACCUAAAAAAGCAGCAACAAAGCCCAUGUGGGUAGAUGUGUCAGUGCUUCCCAGGAUACCAAAAAUAAAAAGGGAAAGUAGUACUAACUCAAAUGAUGCUUCGAGUCAUGGUGGCAGUUAUGGUAGUAAUACAUCUGUUGCUAGUAGUAGUAGUAAUAGGAGAAACGGUAGUAAUUCUAGGAGUAGUAGCAGUGGAUCCAGCGGGCCUGACGUGUCCAUUACCAGCCUUUCUGGAGACAAAGGUAGGCAGCAAAGCGUAGACCAGCAAAAGGGACAGGCUAAUGGUGAUGCCCAGAGGCACAGGCCUGACGGAACAAGCUCAACAUCGGCAUUCUCCAACUCCUUCUCCUCUUCCUCUUCCUCCGGCACUCCUCCGAGCCAACCACAGCAUGCCUCGUCAUCUUCUUCAUCUUCUGUGAGUUUUCGCAUUAAUUCCAGCGGGAACUCUUGGCAUGCAAGGCGAUUGAACAUUGCGUCCUCCUCUACUACCUCUACUACUAGGGGCACUGUACAGGAACACUGGGGAAAAAAGGAGGAUGAUACAAAAAAGAAACAGUUAGGCAAAGAUAAAAAAAAGCUGUUGUCGUCACGUGUGCCGGGCAGCAAGGAACAAGAGAGUAAUAUCUAUGAUCCCUUUAAUCCUACACUGUCGGAUUCAAGCAGCUCAGAUGACGAAGCCAAAAGCACUACGUGGGGCAAUCGCCCUCAGCGUGCCGCGGAUCAGAGGAAUGAGCCGUCGUUGAAAAAGAAAGGGGCCUCAAGGCUGAGCAAGCAGGAUCUGGUGCUGGUGAAAACUGAAACGCAGGAGAUGGAGGUUUCCCAGGAACAAGCAGGGAGUUCUCAGAGUACUGAAUCACAGGAGGUUAGAGUCUCAGGGGACAGUGUCAAGGUAGAGCAAGAGUCAAGAUUAGGAGAUGAAACAACGGCGUUCCUUGGCAGAAAAAUUAAGCAAGAACCAAAAUUAGAAGACACAAAAGAAUCUGAAAGCUCCAGAUUAGAUGAUCAGACAACAGCGUUCCUUGGCACAAAAAUUAAGCAAGAACCAAAAUUAGAAGACACAAAGGAAUCUGAAAGCUGUGACAGUACCAAUUAUUUGAGUUCAGAAUUGACAGAAACCACAGCACCUGCUCACCACAGCCUGGAUCGGUUAAAAAAAGAGAGAGACACACAAGAAGGGGACCCUGGACAGUGUGCCGGAACUCCUAACAGAUCUCCCCUCAACCACAGAGUUGACUCGUCAGCUCCCGGCUCUGCCAACAGCAAUAAGAAACAAAAGGAAGAAGCUAAAUCAUAUUCCACACCCUGUUCCAAAUCCCCAACAACAGAUUUGGACCUCAAGAAGCAAGCUUCUAAAAAUUUGAAGGAGCAACAGUCCAGCAGCUCUGAGACAGAACGCCGCAGAAGAGAAGAGCCUCAUGGGUCGGGUCAGGGAAACAAAAAGAAGGAAAGGGACAGAGACAGGAGCCCCAAGCGAGCAGGGUCAAAAGAAAGAAGGAGGGCACAUUCAAGCUCGGACAGCUCUCAGCCCAAAUCCCCCGAUAGGACUCACAGGAAGAGACGGUCACGAUCCAAAGAGUCAUCAAGAAGGAGGCGAUCCAGGUCUCGUUCUAGCUCGAGUAGUAGAGAGCAUUCAAGGAGGAAGAAGCAAAAACCAAGGAGUAGUGAAAGAAACUAUCACAGCGAGAGGGACUACGAGAGAAGGAGAGUGUCAAAAGACAAGAAACGCGGUCGCUCUCGCUCAAGAUCCCGUUCGAAGUCACGUUCUAGGUCCAGAAGUAGAUCCAGAUCCAAGGACCGUAAACGUGCUGUGUCCCGCUCAAGAUCUCGAUCCAGGGAAAGGAGGAAAGAUGACAACAGACAACAACAACAUCAUUCAUCUAUGUCCUCUAGAAGCAAGGUGGAGUCGCGACCUAAAGACAAGAGGAGACACAAAUCUAGAUCAAGCUCUAGAGAGAGAAAGCAGCAACCAAGAUCAUCCAGAAAUACACCGAAAGCGUCAGGGGCAUGUGAUUCAUCGUCAAAAGAUGCAAAUCGCAUACAAGGAAGAAAAAAAGAGAGGGAUACUACUGAAAGAAACAUUGAAAAGGCAGAAUGUGCUAAAACUGACAAACAAGAGUUACCCUCCUGCUCAUUUGCCCAUCCAAUUAAAAAGGAAGAAAGAGUUCUUGCUGCAGAGAGCCAGGAGUCAGAAAUGACAAAAGAGGUAAAGCAUGAAAAAGAAGUUGGCCAAGAAUACCAAUCUUGUCAUGAAACGUCUGAAGAUUCUUCUGUUGUUAAAACAAUAAAGGAAGAAACAGACACACCUUCGUUAGCGAGCAAAAAUAUUGAUGAUGUAAUAAAGCAGCCUAUUAAGACGGAGUCCUGUGAAAGCACCAUAGUUAAAACUGAACCAGAAUCUUCCAAGUUGGGCCCCUUGCUCGGUAUCAACUUACUUUCUACGCUGACCACACCUGUUACGGCAGACACCCUUCCAGAUGCAGUAUCUCAGUCUCCGCCGGUUUCAGUGGACUCUUGCAAACAAGAAGACACUGUUGGGGUCCCUGUCCCUGCAAAACAAGAACCCUCCGACUCUGAGGAGGACUUCAAUGUGGAUGUGAUGCUGGACAACCUGGAUUAUGUCAAAUCUGAGCCCACAGUGGAGAGCGGAGCAGCUGUCAAAAAGGAAAAAGAAGUGGAAGAUAGUAAAGAUGAGGGAGGACUGGUAUCAAGUGUGGUGGGAACAAAGUCCAAGACUCAAGUAAAGCGGGUAACCUGGAACAUACAGGAGCCAGAGGGUCCUCAACCAGAGAAAGCUGCAAGCAAGGUGGCACUGUAUAAACUGAAGCUAAAGCAGGAAGGAGCUCGCAGACCCUCUUCUGCUGCUCACACAUCCAGUCAGGGCAUGACAGGAGAUGUGAGGGAAUCCUCCAAGAAGGGUACAGCAGGUCUGCUCAGUGCCGGCUCUGGUUCGGAGGUCUCGCAUUCUGGACAAGAGGAGGCAGAAGAAGGGGAUCUGUCGAAGAAAGACAAACAAUAUUUGAAAAAGCUGCACAUGCAGGAGAGAGCUGUAGAGGAGGUAAAGCUCGCAAUCAAGCCUUUCUACCAAAAGCGAGACAUCACUAAGGAUGAAUACAAAGAUAUUCUACGGAAAGCUGUCCAGAAGGUGUGCCACAGUAAGAGUGGGGAAAUCAAUCCAGUGAAAGUGGGAAAUCUGGUCAAGGCUUACGUUGACAAAUACAAACACGCGAGGAAACAUAAAAAAGAAGACGAUUCAGCGAACGCACCUGGGGAGCAGACUGAGCCGAUGAACAUCUCCGACAGUCCAUGAACGAGCAUGAAACAACGUUGUGAUCUCACGCUCUCAAACGUGCCCCGUGAAAAUGCUAGACGCAUAUUUGCUCAGAACAUUUUCUUCAGUGUCAAACUUUCUAUCGCCUUUGUUUUUGUUCUGUAACGAUGACUAGAACAUCAGCUACACGUUUGUGUCCUCUGCUUGGACUGUCACUGCCGGAAACUGGCCUUUUUGUGUACCACCGCUCAGACACUUGAUGGGACUGAAAAACUAUGCCUUAAAGAGGUGAAAACUCAGACGCUCCCAUGGAUGUACAAAUCAGGAAGACUUCUUCAUGUCCCCGGGUCAGCCAUAUCACGAGGACGCCGUGUGAUGUUGGCUUUGAGUUUUCUACGACCUUUUUUUUUUGGGGGGGGGGGAUAUUUAUGAGUGACAAAAUGUGUUUUGUCUAUUCACAAGGGGUAGAGGUUUGCAGAAUAUGUGUAUGUAAAAUGUUUGUCACCUUAAAAAAGGGCACUGUUAUGCAAUAUUUGUAGAAAAUUUAUCAGAAUAGUCAUGAAAGAAUUUUAGAUUUGGUUGUAAAUAAUUCAGAUUUGAUAUAAUCGCCUGUAUGUUUAUUUCAUUUUUGUUGCCUGUUGUGAAUAAUAGGCAUAACCGGUUGUUGUUUAUAGUAUAACUGAUUUAAGUUUUGUAUUUAGUAUCCUGUGUUUUCUGUCUUCCACAUCUGUAACUCUCCUGAGCUACAUCAUGUCCAACUAUAGAGGAAUUUGGGCUCAGUGGCUUAAAGACAAGGCUCUUUGAAAGCACGGAUGGGCUUGGGGAAACGGAGACAAGAUUCUCGGUAUAUUUUAUUUCAGCCAAUUACAGAACUUUAGAAAGGUAAGUUUUAAAGAACCAGGCAAUAUUAGAUUUUUGUGCCAAAGCAGUACGUUUAAUAUAAUAAAACUUGAGUUUCCUUGGAUAUGUUCAGUUGAAUUUGUCUAGUGGGUUUCUAUUUUCUGUUUUUCUUUUUUUUUUUUAAGCAAGCAGCUGACAUGAAUGUUCAACUAUAAGUAAUAUAGAUUUAUAGAUUUGAUUUUACAGUAAGAUGGAUACAAAGUUCAUGCAGGAGUGGCGGGAGUCACAGGCCUUGUUUUCUUACAGACGUGGAUAUUUCAGUUUUUAAUCUCUGCCUGACCUGACGACAUGUCCAGCAUUUUAGCUACAAACUUAAACGUUUUUGUCUCUUUGUAUUCAGUAUAAUAUUAAGCUAAUUUUUUUGGCAUAAUUUUAUAGUUUGGUGAGAUCAGUUUGAAGGGCCCAUAACAUGUCACUCUCACAGCAAUUGUCCACAGACGGAAUCUUAGAAAUGAAGACAUGCAUUUAGAUGGAUCAGUGAACUGCUGCACCAGUUAUGACUUUAUGCCUCCACUGGCAGAGUUUGUCGUCUGAAACAUGCUUUUUGUGAUUGUAUGUCUAUAUUACUCUCCGUUGCUACUAAAAUAUUCACAAAUAGUAAUUCCUGAUUCUUAGCCAUUUUGCCAUCUACUGUAAAAUAGUUUGCCUGCUGUAAACACUUAUUUCAUGUGUGAUUGGACUUUGGUAGUACUUUAUCAUGAUAUGUAAUUUGGCUUCACAAAGCCAAGGACCUCGAAUGGAGGAAUCUAAAGGAAAAAAACAGGUGCUCAUGUUAUCUGAAUGUUUUGUUUUGUUUUUUCCUUUUUGGAAUUUACUUGAUCACACAGGCAAGGUGUUUCUCAGAGGGAACACGAACAAUAAACCACUGGGGAAUGAU